CCCAACCUGAUGAACCCUUUGGACCUGCAGGGGCGUAUGCUGGCAAACAUGUCUUACCGAAUUCUAGCUGUAGCAUCAUGAAUCUGUGGCUCAGCACUCAAUUCCUGGUCGCGGGGCUAUUCCUUAGCAGCUGGGCUCUGACACCUGAAGAAUGCCGGCCUCUAAUCACGCCUUUGUCUCUGAAGCCCUCCAUGAUGCUCGGCAGAUCAAACUUCCUCUUUGGUUACACUGAUAAUGAAUUCUACAACGAAUAUCUGAAGCACAUGGAGAGCUACUGGAUUGAUAUCAACCACUCACCAUCCAGCCCCAAGACAAUUGUUAUGACCACAGGCAACAAGUUAAAUGGAACCUGCCUGUCUAUAAGGACCAACCUAAACUUUGAAGACAAUACUAUAUCAACAUCAUACUCCAACUUCUCAGCGUCGUUCCACAUGUUGCCGACCUGUGACGGCUGUCUGCUGUAUAGCUUCAACCGCACCGCCACAAACCUGGACAAAAUGUUAGAGAAGAUGGAACUCAACAUAAACGCUACAGCAGAGGAGACUCACUACCGUGGUAUUCAUCUGAUGGCAAGAGGAACAACCGUGAAGGACUCUGAUCUGGAACAUUUCAGGAAGCAGGCGAGCUGCCUCGGCUUCAACAGAGAACCAGACUUUAUUUACGACCCCAAGAACGAUUUCUGUUCCGAAUGCGAGGGGCGUAAGAUACCCGAAUAUCACAAUUAAUAUGAAUGGAUAUUUCAAACUGAAACUGAGUAAAG